AAAACCUCCAAUUCACUAGACAUCAAUCAUCAAUGGCGACUCUAAAGGAGAUCCUAAUGCGGCGCCCAGUGGCUGCCAGGGGGGGGGGCGCCCGGCCACCCCCGCCGGUGGGGCCGGCGCUGGGGCAGUACAGGCUGAACUUAAUGGCGUUCUGUAAGGACUUCAACGCCCGUACUCAGAAGUACAAGCCCGACACUCCGAUGGCCGUCACCAUCACGGCCUACAAGGACAACACUUUCGACUUCAUCGUGAAGUCUCCGGCUGCCACGUGGUACCUGAAAAAAGCGGCGGGGAUCGAGGGCGGGAGCAGCCGGCCGGGACACUUGGAGGCGGCGACGCUGUCGGUAAAGCACAUCUACGAGAUCGCGAAGAUCAAGCAGUCGGAUCCGUUCUGCCAGUACAUGCCCUUGGAGUCAAUCUGCAAGUCGAUCAUUGCGACGGCUAAUUCCAUGGGGAUUAAGGUCGUUAAUCACUUGGAGGAUUGAUAUUUCUUCAUUUAAUUGCUGCUUCUUUUUUUUUCCCCCCGGAAGAAUUCUAGGGUUUUGAUUGGGAUUCCCUUGUGAUUUCUGGCGUUGUGUUAGGUUGUAGGUUCCAAAGGAAAGAUACUUUGGAGGUUGAUGAGAAAAUCUCACAUACUGUUGAAAAACACUUGGUUCAUUUUCAUGAAUUUCUGGACUGGAAGUGUAAUGAAUGAGAAUUACUUGUUGAAGCUUUUGAUGAUUCAAUGAUGGAUUUUGUUAGGAAAUAUACUUCCUUUUUCAA